AUUAUCCAUUCCCAGGGAAAAAUACUUGGCAUUUGCAAUGAAUACAUUUUUAGAAUAGUUCUAACCAGUAACAAUGAUAAAGCUUAGAUGGGUUUGGGUAGCUCAGUAAUUCAGGGAUUACCUAUUGAAGUUGGAUUCCUCAAAUCAAUGGGGACCAAAAACAGAGCAAGUACAGGGAGGAGAAAAGAGUACAGAAGCAGGAAUAAAAGAUUUGGGUAAUGUUAGGCAAUGUUAGGUAAAACACUUUGUAUCUAAAGAGUGUAACUUCAGUGCUUAAAUACAAUCUGCUGCUAGUUCCAUUAUUCCCCCUAGCAGAUAUUUUUGAACUUCAGUGCUUGUUUCAUUCGAUCUCCACUAUGUUACCUCUUUUUCUGGCCCCUUUUGUGGACAAUUAAAUGUAAUAAAAUGCCACAGAAAAGGACAACCCAUGACAUGGAAAACCAACUAAACUCAUCUCUUUAGCAUACACUAAGCAGGUGUUGUGCUUAGAAUAAUUAUAAUCUAUUAAAUGUUUCUUUAGAAAGAACCAAAAGAGUAAACUGCCAAUUGCCGGCUGGGGAUGUCUUACAUAUGAGGAUGUGUGUCUGUGUUAGGAGUAUAUUCAAUGCAGAAUAUAGAAAAUGACAACAUAUUGCUCAAAAAGAAGACAGAACAAAAUUCACGGUUACCUGAAGCUCGUAACUUAUGUACUUAAAACUAUUAAGCCACUUUUCUUCAAUGUCCAAGCACUGCAAGACAAACUAUAAAAUCAUGGAUUCCACUCUCUUACAUAACAGAAACCAGGCUCCUUCACUCUUCUUAUAUAUCCAACGCCUCUCUUUUUCUUUCCAUAUCAAAAGGGUAUCUUUUGGUUAUCUAUUUUUACAACUAUGGCAGAUUGCAACCCUUCUUCUGAUAAGAUAUCAGGUGAAAUGGUUUCCUUGGAAAUUGGAAGUGGCAGUGACUAUAAGGUUCAUGUGUUCUCAUCAUCAUCGGAGUUGCUUGAAAAGCUGGACAAAAAGUGGAGUUCGGUGAAUAAGAAACCAUACCCAGCUAUGUAUUCCAGCAUUUUUGGAGGGAUCAUUCUUGAUCCUGCCAUGAUGGUAAUUCCCAUAGAUGAUCACAUGGUUCAUCGAGGGCAUGGUGUGUUUGAUACAGCAAUCAUUCUAGAUGGCUAUCUCUAUGAGCUGGAUGCCCAUUUAGAACGCUUUCUUAGAUCAGCAGCAAAAGCAAGAAUCUCCUCUCCCUUUCCUCAAUCAACUCUUCGUAGUAUUCUUGUGCAAUUGACUGCAGCAUCACAGUGCAAGAAAGGAACUCUAAGAUACUGGUUGAGUGCAGGUCCUGGUAAUUUCUUGCUUUCUCCUGCCGGAUUGCCUACAUCUGCAUUCUACGCUGUAGUCAUUGAUGAUGACUUCUCCCAAUGCAAAAAAGGGGUUAAAGUGAUAACUUCCACCAUCCCUAUCAAAUCACCCCUAUUUGCUACAAUGAAGAACGUAAAUUACUUACCAAAUGUUCUAUCGGUAAUGGAAGCUGAAGACAAGGGUGCAUUUGCUUCUAUCUGGGUUGAUGAGAAAGGUUUUAUUGCUGAGGGUCCAAACGUGAAUGUGGCUUUUAUAACCAAUGAUAAGGAGCUUAUUUUGCCUCAAUUUGAUAAGAUCCUAAGUGGAUGUACUGCAAAAAGGCUUCUUGAAUUAGCACCUAAGUUGGUUCAGCAGGGGUGUCUUAAAAGUGUGAAAACUGCCAAUCUUACUGUCGAGGAAGCCAAAAGUGCAGCUGAAAUGAUGUAUGUAGGAAGCACACUACCAAUAUUGCCAAUCAUCAUGUGGGAUGAACAGCCCAUUGGAGAUGGAAAAGUGGGAGAUUUGACAAUGGCACUCUCUGAUCUGCUUUGGCAUGAUAUGGUAGCAGGUCCUGAUACACAGAGGCUUCCUGUUCCAUACAUUAACUGAUCCAAAUUUCACCAAGGGGGCUAAAAAGGGAUCUUGCUGUUAGGCAUCGUAGUGCUUAUUAUUGCAGCUGCAUAUCCUUGCAAGAGCCUUGUGUAUGUUCUGUUUUUGCCCUUUUCUGAAUAAAUUGGAGAAAAGGACUUGAAUAAGAAGCUAAUAGCUUGCACUGCUGUUUGUGUUAUUUAGCAAGAACAUCAUUCUGAUGACUCAUUAUUUGAUCGAGUAAAUGAUUGAUGCAUUACAUCCA